CGAGCUCUGGGGCCCAUGAAAGGUACCUACCUACCUCCAAGCUAAGGUUAGGUAAUGACAACAUUCUAUGCACUAACCUUCGACGUUUAAUAGUUCGCGUUUGUAAAACCUCAAGACUCCCCAACAACUUACCCACCCUUAUGGUAAUCAAAUUCGAAGACUUUGUUUGUUUUGUUUAAGUAGACUCUACCUUAGGUACCUUAUAUACUUACCGCUAUACUUCAAUUUAAAGAGCACAGCAAGAACUUGGUACCAAGUUCAAAAUGUCAGAACCUACACCAUCUAAUACAAACUCACCACCACCACCACCACCACCACCACCACCACCACCACCACCACCACCACCACCACCAAGCAACAUUAGCCUCCGCGCCCCAUCUAAGUACCUCUCGGACCCCUCCAAACCAUCCACCACCACAGGCGACCCUUUCGUCUCUCCACCGCUCGAAUGGCUCUGGCGCACCUGGGCCGUCACCCACUCGACCCUAUCCAUGUGGCGCUCCGCCCAGAACGUGCGCAUAACCUACAAGCCGUACAAGCCUGAGUCGGAGUCCGGGUCCGAGUCCAAGCCCGUCGCAAACGACAACCUGGUCGAGUACGAGAAGAGCAACGGCAAGGGGGGCGUCAAGCGCGUCGAAGGCAUCGAGAAGCCCGACGCCGCUAUCCCCGCAGCCUGGACUUGGCGGGGCAAGGGGUGGCUCGCGAUUGCUAGCAGUCACUGGGAGAUUCUAGGAUGGGGCGAGCGCCCGCUGGCGGCUGCCGGCGGCGCAGGCGAAAAUGGUGCGGCGGCAGAGGCUGUUGAACGCUGGGCCGUGACGUGGUUUGCGCCGACCUUGUUCACGCAGGAAGGGGUGGAUAUAUACAGCGAUCGCAAGGAGGGUUUGAGUAAAGAGACGGUAGACGGCAUCAUCAAGGCGUUGAAGGAGCUUAAAGACGCGCCGAAGGUUGUCCAUCUUGUCGAGAAGCACAUGCAGGAGGUUCAAAUCAACUUACCCUGGAAAGAGGGGAAGAAAUAGAAAUAUCGGUGCAAGGACUGGAAGUCAGGUACAGGUAGGUUAUGUAUAGGUACCUCCUAAGGUUAGGUACCUAGGAAUGGCGCUUUUUUACGGGGUUGUAAAUUAUUGAUGAUACCCAUGGAGUAGGACUUGUUGAA